AUGUCGAAAAUAUUUUUUUCAUACUUAUUUAAAACAAAUUUAUCGGCAUUUCAUGGUGCUAUAUUAGCAGAUAAUACCAAUAAAAUUUGUCGUAUUUUGGAUGUCAAACGUGAUUAUAUUCACAAAGAAUUAGAUAAUAAAGGAAAUACGGCACUUUUAUUAGCAGUCCAACAUGCAUCACCAGUAACUGUUCUUUUAUUAAUUGAAGAAGGAGCGUCUCCUGAUCAACCAAAUUUCAUUACUUUUCAAACACCACUUGGUCUCAUAGCUGCAACAGUCUAUGAAAAUGAUCAAUCACAUGCAGCAAAAAACAUUCUUGAAAUGGCUACCAUUUUAUUAGAUCAUGGAGCUGCUGUAGAUAAACCUUCACCAUAUACUUGUUUAGAUGAAGAUGGCAAAGAGUAUGUUAUUAUGGAAACACCUUUAAUGACAGCUGUAAGAACAAGAAAUUUACCACUGGCAAAAUUAUUUGUUGAAAAAAACGCUAAUGUAAAUUAUAUAGAAAAAAUAUUCGAAAAUCGACCUAUUCAUUUUUCAAUCACAAAUGGCGACGUAGCAAUGUUUGAUUUAUUAGCAAACGCAGGUGCAUCUUAUCGUUCUGUCGUAACUACUGGACAAAAUACAUUAUUACAUUGUUUUUGUCAUAAUAAAGCUAAUGAUGAACAAACGGUUUUAUUAGAAAAGUUAAUCAUUAAUGGAUGUGAUGUCAAUGCAGAAAAUAGUAUUCGACGUACACCAUUAAUGUUAGCUGCAGCACUAAAUAUGAUUAAUACAUGCUCUGUACUUAUAAAUGCUCAUGCUGAUCUAUACAAAACUGAUUAUAAAGGUAAUCAAGCUAUUGAUUUCACGAAACCAGAUAGUGAAAGUUAUAAAUUAUUGCAACAAGUUACAUAUAUUCAACAAACGAAAACUCAAUCACAUCAUAAUAAAGAUCGAGUUCAUUUGAAAAAACAAUAUCAUUCUACGUAUGCACUUUCUAUGCAAAAAAGUGAAUCACCAAAACAUUUCAGUAAUGAUAAGAAAAACAUUGAAAAUCAAAACAAUUUAUUACGUACUGUAUCUGAAAGAGGCUGUAAUGCUCAAGAAAUAAAUACAAAAUAUAAAAAUAUUUGGGAAAAAUUACUGGAAACAAAACAAGCAAUAGGACGAACGAGAGAUUUAUCGUUGGAUAGAACUCGAGACCCUGUUCGUCACAGAAAAAGAGAUUUAUCUGAACAAAGAACAAAUAACUUCAAUCAAAAACGAUUCUCAUCAACUCUCGUAUUGUAA